AUGCAAGACUGUUCCUACACAAACUGCAACAUCCAAGCUCCUGGUCCUCUGCCCAGAUCUAGGGCUUUCUUGGUCCAAGCUACAAAGCCUCAAGCAAGCGAAGAAUGGUCGGGGUUUGAGCGGCAGCCAAGGUGUGGAGGCUGGGAGCGCUUGGGACACGAAGCCAUGGUCGUGCUCCAUGUCAACAACAAUAAGAUUAUAGCCGGAGAGGCCAUCGAUCUUGGCGAGGGUUGGGGAGAAGGAGAUGAGGUAGCUGUGGAAGUGGAGGUGUGGUUGGAGAAGGUGGUUGAUUUGAUGGGUGAGGAGGUGGUGGUGAGGUUUAGGGUUUUGACUGGUGGCUGCUUUGGGUGGCGUUGGGUUGGGUGGUGGUUGUGGUCUGAUGGUGAAGUUAGGGGAAGGAGAGGGCAUAGAGAGACUCAGAAAGAUGAAGAAGAAGAUCUUUUUAAUAAAUUAAAUUAA